CUUUUUCCACCCCCAAAUUCAAAUGCCCCACGAAGCCUAUACCCAACCCGCCUCGUUGAGUGUAGCGAAUUCCUGGUUUUUGCUUCUGAGAUUUAUCCACCAACAUAGCAAGAAAUAUUUUUUUUUGGUAGUCUGAAUCGUGUCGCAAAGCCAGCAGCCCCAAGGGAAGGCUAUUCAUCAUGUCUCAAGAUACGAACCUGUGGAGUGUCCGCAGGAAAAGAGAGACGCUGGCGGGCAUCAGUACGAAUAGCGGAAUACCAGCUCCGGGCUCAAGUAUGAAGCGCUCGAAUCCGGGCUCCAGCUACGGCAGCGCCCACGGACGUUCAGUAUCAGGAUCUAGGCACUCCUUGGCUGUAACGCGACCGAAUCCGCCAAUGUUCCCGCGUGCAUCAUCUGGCGCCAACCUGGCUGACCUUGGAUUAUCUUCUGUCAAACGAACCUCCUUUCAACAAUCCAGAGCGACUUAUACUCCUUCGGCUUUCACCCCCGCUUUGGCGAGACCGUCGAUGGAAAGCGACAGGCGCAGCAGCGUAUACCGGCCGCGGCCAUCAACAGUCGGUCCUGUUAGCCACCAGAGCUUCUUCCAAACGACGCCCCAGGCGGCGGGAGUUCCACGCGACCCGCGACCCUUGAGAGAUCGAUCAUUUCAAGCCCGAAUCGCCCAGGAGCUAAUGGACUUUAUGGUUCAAAACAACUUCGAGAUGGAGAUGAAGCAUUCGCUGUCACAAAACAUUCUCAAAUCUCCAACUCAAAAGGACUUCAAUUUCAUGUUUCAAUGGCUGUAUCACCGAAUUGACCCUAGCCAUCGAUUCCAGAAGAAUAUCGACCAAGAAGUGCCGCCCAUUCUUAAGCAGCUUCGAUAUCCCUUUGAGCGCAGUAUCACAAAAAGCCAGAUUGCCGCAGUGGGUGGACAGAAUUGGAGCACCUUUCUGGGCCUUUUGCACUGGAUGAUGCAGCUGUCUCAAAUGCUGGAUGGCUAUGCCAACAACCAUUAUAUGGAGGCUUGUCUCGACGCUGGUGUCGAUGUAAGUGGCGAUCAAAUCAUAUUUGGCUUCCUUAGUAGUGCGUACAGAGACUGGCUCGCUAUGGAUGACGACAUGGGCGAUGAGGAUGCAGAACGACUACUGGCUCCGCACGUUGAGGCAAUGGCCAGAGCGUUUGAACAAUCCAACUCAAAGUAUACAGCGGAACUCGAGAUGCUGGAAGCCGAAAACGAGAGACUUUUAAAGGAAAUAGAAGACCUUGAAAAAUCGACACCGGAUCCUGCCGUCUUGGAUAAUCAUUUUAAAAUCAUGGAGGAGGAUCGCAUCAAGUUUGAGGACUACAACGAGCUCGCGGUCCAACGCUCAGAAAAAUAUGAAGCCCGAAUCCAAGUCUUACAAGGGGAGCUGGACAAGCUAAGGGAAGAACUGAAAGAGGUUGAAGAAGAGCGACGAGGACUCCAAAAAGCCGUUGACGACCAAGGCAUUAGCAUGCAGGAUAUCGACCGCAUGACUUCUGAACGUGAACGCCUGCAAAAGGGUAUCGAAUCGGCUGGACAGCGUCUCGAUGAAAUCAAAAAAAAGGUGAUGGAGAAGGAAGCCGAAGCCAGCCGAAAACUUGAUGAGCUAGAGCGCGUGGUAGACAAGUACAACACCAUAGCCUAUCAAAUAGCGCUCAUCCCAGCUACAGCGGUCAACGCCAAAGGCAGAGAAUACGAGCUGCAAGUUACUCUUAACGAGAAUAGUAUGGGUUCGUCAAACUGGAAGAGCUCUAGCACGACGCAUACGCCUGCGACAGAUCGAUUGCUAGUCGACGCUGUGACGGGCUAUCAACCAGGACAUGUCCUCAAUUUAGAUCUUAGAGGACAAAUUCGAAACAGUUUUAUAGCUCUGCGGAAAGAAAUUGCAGAUCGACGCGGGGCUGUCAUGGACGAUAUGAUGAAAGAUCAUGACCUCUUGGAUGGCAUUAAGGAGGCCAUCGAAGAUAAACGGAAUGAGGUUGAGGCUUUAAAUCACAGAGUCAGGGCAGCAGAAGAGGAAUAUGAAAAGACCAAAGAAGUUGCUACAGCGCAGAAGAUGGCAUCUGAUGCACAAAUCGAAAAGAUGGAAAAGGAGCUGUCCAGAAUGCGCGCUGGCUUGACAGAAUCGGUGCAAUUACUAGAACAGCGCGAGAUCAACACCACUAUAGAGUACGAACAGCUGGUAUUGCGGGCCAAUUCGCUACGAGAAGAGCUACAUACGGAGAUUGAUCGUAUGCUAAACGACGUAAUCAAGUUCAAGAUUCACGUUCAAAAGAGCUUAGACGACUACGAGGGUUUUGUAGCAGACGAGCUAGAAAAGGAGCUAGGAGGUGACGAGAUGAUGCUGGAUGAAACUCGAACACUACCCGACAUCUAAUUUUUUUUUUUUUUUUGGCGGCUACUCGAUAUUUGCGUGCUUUGAACGGUAUUUUUAUGAUUGCAACAGCGUUUGAUGAUGGGCGGAGUUGCUGGUGUUGAUUGGUAAAGGGACUUGUGUGCCGGCUAUGUUUUGCGCAUAAAUUUUUGAAGAUACCACUGGCAGCUAUUUUUGCUGAUUACAUGAAUGAUGAUUUGGAAGAAUAUGGAUUAUGCCUCUUAUGUUGAGUCCUUGCAUUUGUUUACACUGAUGGCAAGUGAUUGUGCUUCAGCCCAUAAAGGGCGCCAGGCCAAUGGUUUUACCGGCCGUAAUUCAUUGCAAGGUUUUGAACGAAUUAUUCAUAUUGUCGACUGAGAGGAAUUGUCGACCAUCUAGGCCAAAUGAGCCAAUCAAUCGAAUUUUCUAAGAAGAAGAAGAAACACAAAACAAAUAUCCUUCUGUUUCAAC